AUGCUGCAAAUCUCCUCCCCCCACUGCUGCUGCAGAUCCCCUCCCCCCACUGCUGCACCCGCAGCAGGGGGAUGGAGGAGAAGUGGGGGGGGGGGGGGUUAUGCUGCAACUCCCCUCCCCCCCACUGCUGCUGCAGAUCCCCUCCCCCCCACUGCUGCACCCGCAGCAGGAGUGGAGGAGAAAGGGGGGGAGCGGGGGGGGCUGGUGCUGCAGAUCUCCUCCUGCCUCCCUCUGAACCUCCAAGCUCCCCCCCCUCCCAACACAGGGGCACGCGGGCAGGAGGAACCCCCUCUUGCCACCCCCUCACCCACCAUGUUGCAACAGGGCACCGGGGCCGCGGUUAGGGGCGGCAGGUCGCGAGGGGCCAUGGCUAGGGGCGAUGGGGCCAUGGCUAGGGACGGGGCCGGGCGCUGGGCAGGUACGGGGCCGGGUGCUGGGCUAGGGACGGGGCCGGGUGCUGGGCAGGUACGGGGCCGGGCGUUGGGCAGGUACGGGGCCGGGUGCUGGGCAGGUAAGGGGCCGGGCGCUGGGCAGGUACGGGGCCGGGCGCUGGGCAGGUACGGGGGCCGGGCGCUGGGCAGGUACGGGGCCGGGCGCUCGGCAGGUACGGGGCCGGGCGCUGGGCAGGUACGGGGCCGGGCGCUGGCGAGGUACAGGGCCAGGCGCUGGCUAGGUACGGGCCGGGCGCGGGCUGGUUACAGGCCGGGCGCGGGCUAG